AUGUCUCGAAUAGCCUACUCCACGUUCCGGCGACUUGAUCUCCGCUCUUUUACCUACCAGGGCAACAGGUUUACGACCUACCGGCUGAUGCACCGCAAUCCAAACAGCACCUGGGCACUUAAAAUCAAUGGAUUGAUCAGGGAGGCAUUACCACUCCGACCCUACACAGACCCACUUCUAGAUGACCCGACCGGGGAUCUUGCUCAGGACACUUUGGCCGAUCCAGACCCUCGAGGCAACACAUCAGUAGAUCUGGUGUUGGGAGGUGAUGUUUACCCAAGACUACAAAGAGACGGCCAUAUAAUUUAUGUGGCCCGAAAUUGCAAAGAUGUUGUAGUCUCUUCAUAUCAUUUCAUUAAAAGUCUGCGACUUUGGCAAGGUGACAAUCUAGAGGACUAUGUCAAUGAUUUCAUUAACAGUGAAGUCAACUAUUCCAGCUAUUGGACUCAUAUCAUCGAUUUUUGGCAAAUGCGUAAUGAGCCUUACAUUUGUUUUGUGACCUAUGAGGAUAUGAAAAGAGAUUUGACGGGAGUUAUUGAAAGGCUAUGCACAUUUUUAGAAAGACCUCAACUUACUGCAGAAGAAAUGGAGAAUAUACUACAACAUCUCUCAUUUGAAAGUAUGAAGGAAAAUGAUAAAACCAAUUUGACUAUGACUCUGAAGGAUUGCGUUGAGGAUAUUAAUAAAGAUUUUCAAUUCAUGCGUCGCGGCAUUGUGGGUUCUUUCAAGGACGAACUGACUCCAGAUUUAAAGUCCAAAAUUGACAAUUGGUCACAAAAUUUUCUGGUGCCAUAUGGCUUAACAGAAGAAGAUAUAUUUGGCAAGCUCUGAAAUCAUAAAAAAAAUCAUUCCGAAUGAAG